UUUAGUUCAACGCAAGCUCUCACGGUAAUCGGACGGCUGAUGUACCGUGCUCCGCGGACGGUGGAAAAUUCGUGCAUUUUCCUGUGUGGCAAUAAAUGACGUAAUGUUUUAGUGCUCAGAGAACCGAGUGGGGGUCACGAAUUUGUGAAUUUCAUCUUUCAAACAGAGAGCUUUUAAAAGGCGCAGGAAAUUUAUAUUGAAAGUUUCAAAAGUGUGUGUAUUUGUGUGCGAAUGAGGAAAAAUAUUACACAAGGAAAAAAGGUGCACCUUCUGGGCUGUCAGUGAGUGUGUGUCGUACGUUCAUGGCUUGCUGUUUUGCAUAAAAAUUGCAAGCAGGAAAAUAGUUUGAUGAAAAAUCAUUAAAAACUGCUCAGCCAGCAGCCAGUUCCGUGAAGUUUGAGGUGUUGAAAAAGGGAGUUUGUUCAGUUCCUGCUGCUGCCCUCGGCGGACAGGAAUGAAGCAGCAAAUCGAAAAAGAAAAUGGUUGAUAAUUUCGUGUGCGCUGGCUACACUUUUUACUCCAAAUUUGACUCGGGAAAUUUGGGCAGAGUCGAGCUCGUUCGAUGUUGUGAAGGACUCAACAUAAUCGGUAACAAUGUUAGCAGCACCUCUCCGGCACCGCCCUCGUCCGCGUCCGCCCCACCGGCGGUCGUCGCCGCUUCCAUCCCACCACCGGCGAACCGCGCAUCUUCUCCCCCCGCGUUAGUUCCGGCCGAACCGCCCGCCGUAGCCGCCCUGCAUCACCCGCCCUCGUCGGCCGCCGCCGCCGCAGCCCUGUUCGUCGAGGUGGAGUUCAACCUCUGGACGCGACCCGAUUGCGCCGGCACGCCGUACGAAAAUCAGAACAGGACAUGGUUCUAUUUCGCCGUAACGGGUGGUCGGCCGAACCAGAUCGUCAAGUUUAAUGUGAUGAAUUUGAACAAACAGGCCAAGCUGUUCAGCCAGGGCAUGCAUCCGGUGAUGAAGGUUGGGCCCGGUGGCCGUUGGGAGCGCAUCAAGGACAAGCCAUCGUACGCGAUUGCCAACGACGUGUUCUUCAUCUCGUUUCUGCAUCGCGCGCCGGAGUCGCCCGAAACGAGGACCUACUACGCGUUCACCUUUCCGUUCACGUACAACGAGCUGCUCGAACAGCUGGGUAAUUUUGACAAACGCUUCGGCCGCCAUCCGUUCGAUAUGCACCAGAUCGCGGUUGAAGUGGCACAGAGGUACGAUAGCAGUGCUGCCGCGGGACCGGUUGAGGUCGUUUCGGCGCCGUUGGUGACGAGCUCGAAAAAGGGCAAGCUGGCCAAGGUAGCUAAAACGAUCGAGCGGAGUGGUCCGGAGUCGUUCGACGACACGGCCCGCGAUGGCAGUGGCAUGGAGGACGCCGGCGUAGUGCUGCCGAAGGAACAGGACCCGGUGAAACCGCUGGACAGUGCCGAACUGGCGUCAGCCAUGUCCAUCGACGAUAACAACACGUCGGAGUCGAUGCAGCAGAUUACGAAUCUUGUAAAUAAGGUGAAGAUUGAGUUACCACAGCAGUCGGCUGAGUCGGCCAAGGGCAAGCUGUUGUUCUUGCAGCGAAUGCUGAAGACGCCCACGCUGGACGACGAAGCGAGGGCGACCAACCUGGACCAGCGGGACGACAUCUACUACUACCGGGAACUGUUGACGCACUCGGUUGAGCAUCGGCGGGUCGAGCUGCUGACCAUUACGUCGUUCCACGGGGUUCAGCCGGAGCGCGAGCCACGCCUCCGGAAUCUGUUUCCCGACGAGCGAACGCCCCGGUGCCAUACGUUUAAGAAUAAGAAAAUUGUCUUCAUCUCGUCGCGCGUACACCCGGGCGAAACGCCCGCAAGCUUCGUGCUGAACGGGUUUCUCAGUGUGCUGCUCGACCGGAAGAGCAUCGUGGCCAUUACGCUUAGGAGAAUGUAUGUGUUCAAAAUCAUACCGUUUCUGAAUCCGGACGGGGUCUACAACGGACUGUACCGUUCCGACACGCGGGGACACAAUCUGAACAGGGUUUAUCUGACGCCAAACAUUGAGACGCAGCCGUCGAUUUACGCCUCCAGGAAGCUCAUCAGAUACUUCCACCUCGGCACGGACGAACCCGAACCGUACGAGCUGGAGCAGGAAAAGAAAGCUGCUCUGCUGAAGAGCUCGGCGGACACCAGCACCGAGGAGUUCAUUCAGCAGCACUCAACGCUCGAGGAAAAACCUCCCACGCUAGCCGAGGAGCAGCAACAAACGAAGACCUCCGACCCUGGCCCGUCGAGUCCGUCCGCCGUCAAAAAAGAUUCCGAAUCCACCGAAGAAAACACUCCUUCAACGUCGGACUCUGGCUUUGGCGAGGGCCAGCCGAACCUUUCCAAAAGCAGCACCAUUUCGGACUCGUCAUCGACGCUCACCCUACUGGCGUCCGUAGACCCGCUCGUAAUGUCGUUAGUUCCUACUGCCGCCAGUUUGGAACCACCGAAAGAUCCGGAACCGAAGCCGGAACCAGAAGCAGCGACGAUCGCCACCAACGAAGAGGUGCUUCCACCACCGAAAGUGUUCACCGAGCAGCUCAUCCCGGAUCUGCUUCCGGUGGUAACGGAGAGUCAGGGUACGAGCUCGGUAGUUGCGCCUGUUCAGGCCGGACUAACCCGACCGGUUCGUAGCGCAUCGAAUCUCAGCACUGCCAGCAGCAUGGCCAGCCAGACUGUGCAGAAGAAGAUCACGGCCAAGGUGGACACGGGUCGCAAGGGUUCGCUCAAGAGUGCCACCAUGAACAAGCCCAAUCUGAUUGCGACCACGCCGAACACGCUCAAGAUGAAGGACUUUGGGGUGGGACAGGUGGGACAACAGCAGCAGCAGCCUUCGUCGGCGUUGGCGGUGACGGGUACGAAGACGGCCAAAAAGUCGUCCUCGUCGUCGUUGCACCACAAACGAGCCGAAGGCAAGAUGCGUCCGCAGACGCCGCAGAUGUACAGCCACUUCCGGUCGCACCGGAACGAGUUCCUGAACCCGGCCAGCCAAAAGAAUCUCAACAUCAGCUUGGACUAUCUGGCGCAGCUGGACGAGAAGAACGACAAGGUGAUCUACGAGGAGAAGAGCAACAUGUUUCUGUACAUUGACCUGCACGGGCACGCAUCCAAGAAGGGCGUGUUCAUGUACGGCAACCAUCUGCCCAGCACGAUCGAAGCCAUCGAGUGUAUGCUGCUGCCGCGGUUGAUGAGCGUGAACUCGCUGCAUUUCCACUACGACGCGUGCAACUUUAGCGAGCGCAACAUGUACUACAAGGGUAAACGCGACGGCUUGUCGAAGGAGGGUUCCGGCCGAGUUGCCAUCUACAAGUGUUCCGGAUUGAUCAAGAGCUACACGCUGGAGUGCAAUUACAACACCGGAAAGAGCGUCAAUCAACUGCCACCGCGAGGAAAGGAAGGUUCCACCAACAAGGUUCAAUCGCCGGUUCCCCCAAAGUACACCCCAGCCGUCUUUGAAGAGGUCGGUCGCGCCCUCGGUCCCUCGAUCCUGGACCUGACCAACUCGAACCCCGCCUCGCGCCUCCCCAACUCGGAGUUCCGGACGCUGCAGGGCCUGCGCAACACGCUGCGCAUCGAGAUCGAGCGGGGCUCGUCGAAGGCGCGCGUCACCAACAAGGUCCCGAAGACCCACUCGAAGCGGUUGAGCAACCAGUCGUCCAGUUCGCUGGAUGUGGCCAAGGAGAACGCCCUGCAGUGGGAGAGUGGACCGGCGGUUGGCAUUUGUGGACCAGCCUUGGGAGCGGCAGGGGUAGCAGCUGCGGCAGCCGUGGUGGGAUCCGGGAGUCCGACCGGGGCAGGGAGUAGCGGUGAACCACUCGGUGGCAACGGGAACUCGUGCUCGGCCACUUCUAGCGGUGGGCGGCAGUUCCUGAAGGGUGGCGUUGGCGCAGGUGUUUCCGGCAAGACCCACUCGGGCAAGAUCUCGCGGAAGGGCGUCGGUGUCGGAGGGAAGGGCUUCGGCAAAAAGGACGCCGUCAAGAAGACCAAGAUUCUGUGCGAAUCGGGCGUCGCCGUUGGAGCGGUCGUGGCCGCCGGUGGCAAGAAGCUGCAGGAGCUGAUGCGUGCCAAAGACCAGCACCAGGUUCCGCGGAAGAAGAUCAAGGUUUCACCACCGCAUCAACCCCAACUGUCCACCGUGGACGGAUUCGACCUGUGCUUCAAGAGUACCGGCCUGUCGGCGACGUCGCUGCCCAACUUCCUGGCCGCACCGCCAUCCCUCGGCGAGCUUCCCCUGUCCAAGAAGGUCAAAUCCGAAGCGAAACUGCUCGAGGAGUGUCUCGACUGCGACGACAGUCUGGAUGCGCCCUGCUGUUCGUACUCGUCGUCGCUGCCGUCGACGACCGCCGCCGUCGCCACCACCAAGCUCAUCGCGACCUACAGCCCGGCUGGUUCUCCGGGGUCGGACAUUGGUGUACCGUCGAGCCCGCCAAGCUCCGGAAGUGGUUGCUCCUCGUCUGGCGGAGGAGUUGGUGGAUCGAAUGUGGACGGAACUAGCAGCGCUGGUUCCAAGGCCGGUAAGAUUAGCAAGUUCAGCAAGGCCACCUCGGCCAAGUCAAAGCUGGGCAAGUCGUCCGAUGGUAGCGGCAAACUGCUCAAGAAGAAACGGUCCCUCAAGACUGACUCGAACCUUAAGCGGAAGAAAACCCGGGUCAAGCCAGCCCUCACCUAAAUCGUUGUGAUGAAAUUAGCAGUUACUUCUUUUUGUUUUUUACAUAUAUGCUAAUAAUUAUCCGGGAUGAAUUUUUAUUUAUGAAGUUUUUAUAAGAAUAAUAUUUUUUGUUUCUGUUGUAAACGCGAUAGACGAAAGAACUGUUAGGAACAGACAGAAAAGUGCUUUGGGUAGGAUUUUUGGAGCGUGAAAUUUGAUAGGGCUAGGUAAAAUAUUGAAUUGAACCAAUCGCGCAGUUUGGGAUCAAGAGGAGUGCGUUGUGUGUGAAUUUAAGCUCUUUUGGUUAACUUUCGGCCACCGAAUCUUACUGCCAUUUUUAUUACUUUCCCAGAUUUCCAACCAACUGAGUGCACUUUUCGAUGAGUUUUAUUUUUAUACCAUCAGUUCGUACUACAAAGAUUGUUUUAUAUUAUUUUACAAAU